AUGCGCCUCUCUCAGUCUUUCUUCGUGGCAACCCUAUUUGUGUGGGGAGCUUAUGCAGGAAGUACAUCGACGGUCAGCAACUGGGGAGACAAUCCCUCCCAUCUGCCCGCGUUGUUGGUCUAUACUCCGUCAACGGUUGUUUCGAACCCCCCGAUUAUUCUUGCGGUGUGUCAUCCCAGCCAUCCAUAUUGCUCAUUAGCUCAAGCCAUUUCAUUUAAGCUUCAUCCAUGUGGCGGUAGCGGCUCGCAGUUCAUGUCUCAAUUCAACAUCAACACGUACGCCGACCAGCUCGGUUUCCCCGUGCUUUACCCCACCUCCAACCAAGAGCUCGGCUUCAACUGCUGGGACUGUUGGUCAACCCAGACCAACCUCCACAACGGGGGUGGUGACUCGCAAGGUCUCGCCGCAAUGGUUGGGUGGGCAAAGACCCAAUUCAAGAGUGACGGUUCGAAGGGAGUGUUUAUUAUUGGCGCAUCGUCCGGUGCUAUGAUGGCCAACGUUAUGGCUGCGACAUAUCCAGACUUGUUCAAAGGCGCUGCCUCUUGGUCAGGUGUUCCAGCUGGCUGCUGGCUCAAUGCGACAUCCAGCACUCCCCUCACUCCCGAUCAGACCUGUCCUUUGGGUCAGAAAGCUUCGACUUUCUCUGCCGCUCAGUGGGCAACACUUGCCAAGAACGCAGACCCCAACUAUUCCGGCUCCCGUCCCGCAAUGCUGAUCACCCACGGAACCGCCGACAGUCUUGUUUCUAUCCUCAACCUUAACGCCCAGCUGGCACAGUGGAGUACCGUUUUGGGCCUCACAUUCAACCACAACGUCACAAACGACCCCACGAGCAGCUGGAAGCGCAUCGUUUAUGGUGACGGGACUCAACUGAUCGGCUUCGAGGUUGCUGGUGGCGGACACAUCCCACCGUUCCAGGGAGACGCUGUGUUCAAAUUCUUCGGGUUGCUUGGCGGUGGAACGGGGUCGGGGUCGACAACGACUGGAGUUACAACGACAGUCAAGAGCACAACCACCGUUGCGAGCACGACCUCGAGUUCUCCUCCAAGUGGCUCACAGGCGGCUCAUUGGGGCCAAUGUGGUGGACAGGGUUGGACUGGGCCUACGACUUGCGUAGCUCCGUAUACUUGCACCGUGAGCAACCCAUACUACUCCCAGUGUUUGUAA